AUGAAAGAGAUGUUAUCUGAUACCAAUACUUAUUGCACACUUGAAAAAGAUCCGACUAAAAAAUUGACUGCAGAAUUACGUUGUCUUCUUGCUAGAUGGAAAAAGAAUGAAUUUAUAAGCGAUCACACAUACAAAACUUUACUUACUACGGAUGGUGUGAUACCUAGAGCUUACGGUUUGCCAAAGAUCCACAAACCAAAUAAUCCGCUCAGAAUAAUUGUAUUUGGUACACCAAUGGGUGGACCGAGUUCCCCUAGUAUCGCAGAUUUGUUCAACAAAAACAAGAGUGACACCAGAGAAGACAUAAACAAUGAUUCUGAAUUGGAGCACCUUCCUAAAAAUGAGCCGGCCAAAACAACACUCGGUCAAGAAAAUAUUGAAACGUUCGAUAAUGAAAAAGAAGAGCGCAUGCACCUCCUCGAGGCAAAUGUAGAUGAAAGACGUAAAUUGGAAGAAGCUGCUACUGUCUUGACAUUACCAGUGUCUUGUAGUAUUUAUUCUGCUAGACCUGUUGCGUAG